ACACAACUCACAGCAUUUCCAGCAGCAUAAAACGCGAUUUAAUCGAUUUGAACGGGCCUUAAAGUUUAUUGAGCCAUCCAAUAGUACAGGAAUAACAGUUUAGUGAGACUAGCAAAGACCGAUUUUCUCCAAAAUGCCAGGAUUCGUUGGAAUCGAGUCUUUUGUUGAAUUAUCAAUUGAUGAUUUAAAGAAUCCGACCAUUUCGCCCUUCGCAGACAAAAUUCCGCAGCUAAAAAAGACCGUAAACAUGCUAGAAGAGACAAUCGACUAUGAUAGAGAGGGAUUGACAAAACUUAAAAAGGCUACAAAGGCAAUCAUCAACUCUGGAAACUCACAUACCGAAAAUGAAAUGUGUCUUGUACGUGCAUUAGAAAGAUUGGGUACGGUUGCUUUGUCAAAGGAAGAGCCAGAUAUUGGUGCUGCUUUUUUGAAAUUUUCUGUCGUUACUAAGGAACUGAGUGCGCUCAUGAAGACUUUAAUGCAAAGUCUAAACAACCUUAUCAUGUUCCCAGUCGACUCACUUUUGAAAAGUGAAUUGAGGGGAGCCAAAGGUGAACUGAAAAAGCCUUUUGAGAAGGCAUCCAAAGAGUAUGAUGUGAGAUACUUAAAGAUUGAAAAGGAAAAAAAAGCUCAAGCCAAAGAAGUAGGAAUGUGUCGAACUGAAGUGUAUCCGACCGAAGUUGCCGACGAAAUGGAGAAAGAACGAAGAAUGUUUCAGUUGCAAAUGUGCGAAUACCUCUUGAAAUUCAAUGAAAUCAAGACAAAAAAGGGAAUUGAACUAUUACAACAUUUGAUCGAGUAUUAUCAUGCACAGCAUAAUUUCUUCAAAGACGGAUUGAAGACAAUAGAACAUUUUGGAACGUACAUAGAGGACUUGAGUAAAAAAUUGCAGGCAAUACGACUCAAACAAGACGAAGAAAAAAAGAAACUAGUAGAUCUCCGACUAUUGCUUAGGAGUGCGCCUGAUUUAGAACGAAAUGAACCUUCAACUCAAGACAAAAACGCAGUGUAUUCUUUGCAUCAACUACAAGGAGAUUCAAGUCAUGGAACUACUAAAACUGGAUAUCUCCUCAAAAAAAGUGAGGGAAAAAUGCGCAAAGUCUGGCAAAGACGAAAAUGUGAAGUUGUAGAUGGUUUCUUGAGCAUAUUUCAUGCCGAUGAGCUUAAAACUCCAACUAAAGUUAAUCUUCUUACAUGCCAAAUAAAGCCUGUGCCAGAUGACAAAAAAAGCUUUGAUUUAAUCAGCUAUAACCGACUUUAUCAUUUUCAAACGGAACAUGAACAAGAUCGGGAUAUAUGGAUAUCAGUAUUAGUAAAUUGUAAGGAAAAACAAUUGUGUAAAGCUUUUCAGCAUACGAACACUAAUCUUACGCCAAGUUUGCGAGAGUAUCAAAAAACGCUUAUCAAGAACGUCCAGUCCCUGCCUGGCAAUGAUAAGUGUUGUGAUUGUGGUUCCAAGAACGAUGUAACGUGGCUAAGUCUUAAUUAUGGUAUAUUAGUAUGUAUUCACUGCUCUGGUAUUCACAGAGAGUUGGGUGUGCAUUACUCACGAAUCCAAAGUUUAAUAUUAGACAAUUUAACGCCGGCACAGUUGUUAAUAGCCAGAAUCAUGGGCAAUAACACAUUCAAUGAAGUUUUCGAAGCCACCGUUGGAGACAUAAAGCUGAAACCAGAAUGCUCAAUGGAGGACCGUUAUGAUUAUAUAAAAGCAAAAUAUGUAUCUAAACGUUAUAUCCUACAUACAAGUACCAAUGACGAGGAUUUGAUGGUUGAUUUAGAACAGGGUGUAUUUAACGGAGACAUUUGUCAAGUUCUACAAGCUUGGGCAGAAGGUGCAGAUUUAGGCCAAAAUUUACCUGGAUCGAAAUUUGGCGAAACGGCGCUACAUUUGGCGGUUCUGCAAUACAACCCUUGUGCAUUGUCGAUCGUUGAAUUUUUGAUUCAACACAUGAACACAAAUGGUUUGAACAGGCAAAUUAAAACUACAAAUGAAGAGUUACGUUCGGCCACUGCACUACACUUGUGUGCAUGGUAUGAUCGAAGAGAAUGCAUUAAGCUUUUACUUAGAAUAGGUUGCGAUUAUUCCAUUUUGAAUGACAAUGGCCAUACAGCUCUUGAUAUUGCUAAGUAUAAGAAACACGAUGAAUGUGUACGACUGAUUCAACAAGCAGAAUCAAAAGAAAAAUCAGUUUUUGACAACGUUGAUUUAGUAUGGAACCUAUCGUCUGAAGAUGACUUUAUAUAUACUGAUUUUUCAGACGAUGAUUAUGUAUUUGAUGAAAAAAAAUCCUCGUCACGACCUGCUAGCUUUACAGGUGGCGAUUCACCUAUUCCUACUAGAUCACGUUCAUCAACGUGCGAAUCCUCUCAAAUAGCACAGACAUUAAAAAAGGCAGGCCAGUUAAUUUCUAGUCAAAAAUCUAAUGUUUAUUCAACUAAUGACAGUAGUUUCCACACAACAAAUUCUGAUAUAGGAAGUGAUAGUUAUGGUAUUCUAAAGUCCCGAAAAUCUUCAAAUAAUUAUGGUACUCUACCAGUAUUGAGACACUCGACAGAAGUAAAUCCUACAACUCUCUAUAGUACACUGCAAACGAGGAAUGAAAAAUCGGCAAAACCCAAUAUUCUCGACCGUCAUAGUCUUUUAACACCCGAUCUUCCACAGAAAGAUAUAAAGAUAAAAUUGAAACGAUGUCGAGCUCUCUACGAUUGUACUGCUGACAAUGAUGACGAAUUGGAAUUUAAAGAAGGAGAAAUUUUGAUAGUUCUGAAUGAAAAUACAGAUGAUGAUUAUUGGAUGGAAGGCGAAAUUGAAGGUGAUAGUAAGAGAAAAGGCAUGUUUCCAUCUAGUUUCGUUGAAAUGUUACCAGGUUAAAAGUUCCAGUCACACACAUAAAUUCAUAUGCAUAUACGAAAAAAAACUAUGAAAAUUAUAUUAACAAAAAACGAGUUUCAACAAUAAAUUAAA